AUGCCCCGACGCACGCACAAGAAGAGUCGGACAGGGUGCGGUGAGUGCAAGAAGCGGCAUAUCAAGUGUGACGAGCACAGGCCACGAUGCGUCAACUGUGUGACAGCUGCGAGUAGCUGUUCGUUUGAAUACACCACUCCAGCAUCUUAUUCAUCCGGUCAUAUCACUCGAGCGCCUUCCGCCUCAUCCCGGCAGCUCGAUGGAUCAACUCCAGCAACUCCUAGUGACGCUUCAGGCUCGCGACCAGUUCAAGCAUUCAACACCAACCUCAAUCUAGACCAUCUGGAGCUCUUUCACCACUUCCUUAUGGAUACAGCUAACACGAUGGCGGAUGAGGUACACCAGCGCGAGUGCUACAAGACCAUAGUCAUUCGCGAGGCCAUGGCUUAUCCCUUCCUGAUGUAUCAGAUCCUAGCCGUCGCCGCUUUGCACAUAGCCACAGGGCUGCCGUCCGAUCGAGCUGACCACUACUAUCACCGUGCUACCGAGCUCCAAUCUGCAGCCAUGGCUGGCUUCAAGAUCCACGAAGCUCGCGUAGAUAAGAAGUCCGCGUUUGCGCAAAUGCUCUUUUCUGUUCUUGUUGGGCUUCAUGUCAUUGCCGACCGGUCGCGCACCCGUGGCUUAGAUCACCACGGCUUCAUGCAACAUUUUGUUCACUGCGUUCGACUCAUGCAAGGUGUGCGAGUCUUGGUGGUGGACGAUUGGUGGGAGGAGAUCAGGUCGCGUCCUGAGUUCUCUCCCAUCUCACAGACGCCAUCACUGGGUCCGCCCUACGAUGUGCCACCUCAACUUGAGCGAUUAAAGGACCUUAUCGGCAAUACGGCGAGACUUGGUCCGGAGCCGGUUGCGGCGUACACCAAAGCCGUUGACCACCUCCAUUGGCUAUUCGCGAUCACGGGAGUUCCACAUCGGUCUUAUGAGACAGUACGACUCGUUCUGGCGUGGCCGAUAAGAUCAUCCUCUGAGUAUCUGACCCUGGUCGAACAGAGACGACCAGAGGCAUUGAUCAUCCUAGCACACUAUGCGCUGGCACUACACUUCUACAGGGGAUCCUGGGUAAUCAGCGACUCAGGUAUCCGACUGCUUAACGCCAUUGACGCAGAAUUGAAUCCUGACUGGAGUUCCUGGCUUGACUGGCCGCGGGAACUCGUGUCAUCGGCGGGGACCCUGCAAGACGCCAGGCAAGAUACGAACAUGACUAAUAUGCAGAUCUUGGAUCCACAGCUGGAAUACGCCACGACCUAA